CGGAGAAAGUACCUGAUUUGAACGCAGGGUUUUCCAUUCCUUUUGUAACUUUUCAACUUCUUUACAUGAAAAUCCCUCCAAAAAAACCUCAUUUUUUAAAACCUAUUUUGCCAGGUUUUAAGCAACAAAUUACAAUUCCUGUAGGUUUCUUCAAGUAUUUGAAGGGACAGACGAAUGAAUAUGCAUUGCUAAGACGGGCAAGUAAGAAGUGGUCCGUGAAGGUGAAUGGCCGGCGACUGGAAGAUGGUUGGGAAGAGUUUGUAAAGGACCAUGAUUUACAAUUGGGAAAUAUUUUGAUAUUUAGACAUGAAGGAGACAUGGAAUUUGAGGUCGCCAUCUUUGAUUCAAGUUGUUGUGAGAGAGAAUAUGAACAAGGAGUUCAUGGAAGAGAAGAAGAAAAAGUGUGUAUUGUUGAAGAGUCUUCCAAGAAAUCGGAAUUCAAAGAAAAACCAAAGCCCAACAUCAAGAAAUCAGGCAAGGGUUUCUCCAAUGUAAAAGCUGCUUAUAAGGACAUGCAUCUCAGUCGCUCUCAUUUCAUUUGUACAAUUAGACCUUAUUGCCUUUCAAAGUAUUGUCUGUGUAUUCCAAAACAAUUUGCACAAGAAAACAGACUCAUCGACAGGAGAUGUGAGAUAAUUGUAAGGGAUGAGCAACGAUCAUGGACGUUUGGUGUGCAUACAAGCGGCAAAAACACCUUCAUUGGAAGUGGAUGGCAUGAAUUUUGCCAUACAAAAUGCUUUGAGGAAGGAGAUAUCUUAAUGUUUGAGAUAGUUUCCAAUGGAGAAACACCUAUCUUCAGAUUUCAUGGCAAGUUUCUCAUCUAAAACCUUAUCUUAA